CAUUGAAGAAAACGCUUUUCGUUUUAUCACAUUUACCGAUUCACCUGCAGCCAAAAAUAGCAUGAUAGGUCGAAAUCAAUUGUAAAUAAAUACGUACAUAUUAGACAAAAUUUAAACAUACGCUAUUUCGUUAUAACCGCACUAGCGUUUAGGUAAAUGAGUUAAAUGUAUGUUUUUUUUUAAAAAAGUGAAUAUAUAACCUUCGAUUUUGUAAUGACUUUUUGAAGAAGCUGGUUUAAACGAGAGUAUAAAUGAACUGUUUAAACGCGGAGAGGCAAGUGUUGGAAUUUAUCUGUUAUCGGAGAAAGAUACACUUGUGGAAAUGCAUAGGGACAGCGCGGAUUUUUUUUAUCAAUGAAGUGACGUAACGCAUUGUAUCGCCAAUGAAAUUUCGAUAUCAAAUUUAUUGACAGGUGGGAGGAGCAUAAAAGAUAGAUACAUCUAGGAUUUCAGAAAGGCGAUGAGCAAACGUUCGAAAUACUAGUAGUUAAGACAUGUUCAUAAGUUGUUCGCUAAGUUCACUCUGUAUCAAGAAUCUUUGUCCAAUAAUUACAUCAAGGUUAAGGACACACCUCUUUAAAACCAGCCUUUUACUGUUAUAAUUCGGUGCUUUAACGGAUGGGUUUAUUCUGGACAUAUAUGCGUUGUUACACAGUGGAUUAAUUGUAUAAAUAUGCCUGAUGUUAAUUCAAGUCAUCAUAUCGUUCUAUCUAUACCAGAUCUGAAUACUGUUAAACUAUUUAACUGUGAAAUAUUUAUUUAUAUAGCAAGAUAUGAGAAAAGAACAUAGUUUGAAAACAUUAGCACAGUGCGUUGUUAUACUUUUAGUAAUUUGUGAUAAUUGGGAGAUCGUCUCCACAAUGCCUGCAAGUGAUGAAGACAAAGAAGUCUCUGAACUUUUAAAGGAUAAAAUUGAAACUUUUAAGAUGGACAUAUUAAGCCGGCUAGGGUACGAGCGACCGCCGGACGUGUCAAAUGUCACACACAGUAUUGAAGAGAAAAGAAAAAUGAUUAAACAGUACAGGAAAUAUAUGGAAGAGAAAGAAGCGUUAUAUAAAAAAGAACACGGGGAUGAAGACGAUGAUGACUCGAGAGUUCUCUCAAAGACUUACUACUCGUUGGAAUAUAAAGGUGAGUAUCCAGAAGCUGUAUCAGAGAAAGAUUGGCUUGCAGAGAAAGUAAUAAGACUUUACUUCAAGUCAGACCUUAGUCACCCAAAGGACGACCACACAAGGGAGCUUCUUGUUCACUCUGCUAAAUUAAAAGUUAAUUUUUUAAAUGUGAGACCUGAAAACUUAAAAGAUAAGUUAUCAGUUGAUAAAGUGAUACGGGUAAAUGUUUAUCAAAUUCUUUCAAUAAAAGGUUCGAGUGACUAUAAACGGACUUUACUCGACUCAAAACUGGUGGAUAUUGAACAACCGUCUGUAGGAAAUUUUGAGAUUGGGAAAGCUGUUCAAAGCUGGAUAAACAGUCAGUCUCAAAAUCUUGGCAUUGAACUUGCAUCGGAUGUACAGGAUAUUAACGACGUAGUAGAUAUAGACAAAACUGUGAUUGAACACGACGAAACUAUAUCAUUUGGAACAAAUUCCACAGACGUUUCUCCAAGCGUUGAUAUUUACGCACAGGAGAAAGACAUACUGAAGCGGGUAAAAAGACGUUCCCGGCGACGAAGUGAUUGUCGACGGGAUGACGGCGAAACAAAAUGUUGCCGUUACCCAAUAAAAAUUUCAUUUGCUGACCUUGGUUGGGAUGACUGGGUCAUUGCACCACAUGAAUACAGAGGGUAUUAUUGUGCGGGUAAUUGUCCUUACAGACAUAAACCGGCCAAUACAUUUGCUGGAAUUAAGGCAUUAUUACAUUUGAAACACCCAAACAAGGUGCCAUCACCUUGUUGUGUAGCAACAGCAUUGAGUCCCUUUACUAUCUUGCAUUAUGAUUACGAUGGUAAAUAUCAGUUUAGUGAAUAUAAAGAUUUGAUAGUGGAAAAGUGUGAAUGUGGUUAAUGCAUAAAAGGUACAAUUGGAGCGGAUGAUGACAUCUGAGGUGAACGUGCAAUAUGAAUUAUGUCAUUAAAAUGUCUUAUAUAUUGUAUGUGAUUUAAGAUGGAAAUGAUACUUUAUUUGUGAUGUGAUCUUUGUUCGAAGUUGUUAGUGAUACAUUUCAAUAAGUCAGAGUGUUCUUCCAAAGUUAAGCACAAGUCCACUGCUACAAUAAACAAACAUAGGUAAAUAUUUCUAUUGUAUCGGGUAUCAUACCGUAUUUAUGACAAAUACUUCUUUAUUGUAUUUAGCAAAGUAAAUAUUGUUUUAUAACAAAUUUAAAACUCCCACGUAUUGCUCUGUUGUUUAGAUAAAACUAACUUUGUUUCGUUAAACAUGUACAAUGUUUUAAGUUGACGAUGUCCAAACAAUAAGACACCUCAAAAGGAACACUAAAAUAACUUAUAAUUGUAAUGCAAAGAAUGUGUUCAUGAGAAAUAGGGAAUCAUUUUGUUAAUUUAUAUGUAUAUCAUUAUUUAUUAUCAUAUUUAUUAUUGUUUUAUUUGUUGUUGUUACAUAACUAACGAUUGAAAAAAUUGUGCAAUAAACAUGUCAUGUCAAA